AGCUCCUCCCCAGAAGUUCAUCCUGCCAGGACCCACCUCCACAGGAGUUCAUCCUGCCAGGACUGACGUCCAUCAGUUCCUCCCCAGAAGCUCACCCUGCCAGGACCCACCUCCCCAGAAGCUCACCCUGCCAGGACCCACCUCCCCAGAAGCUCACCCUGCCAGGACCCACCUCCCCAGAAGCUCACCCUGCCAGGACCCAGGUCCCCAGAAGCUCACCCUGCCAGGACCCACCUCCCCAGAAGUUCAUCCUGCCAGGACCCACCUCCACUGAAGCUCACCCUGCCAGGACCCACGUCCCCAGAAGCUCACCCUGCCAGGACCCAGGUCCCCAGAAGCUCACCCUGCCAGGACCCACCUCCCCAGAAGUUCAUCCUGCCAGGACCCACCUCCACUAAAUUUCACCCUGCCAGGACCCACGUCCCCAGAAGCUCACCCUGCCAGGACCCACCUCCACUGAAGCUCACCCUGCCAGGACGCAGGUCCCCAGAAGCUCACCCUGCCAGGACCCACGUCCCCAGAAGCUCACCCUGCCAGGACCCAGGUCCCCAGGCGUUGUCCCCAGCGGCGCGUCCCCGCGUCCCCAUGGAGGUGUGGCGGCAGUGUGCCCACUGGCUGGUGGCCGCGCGCGUCCUGCCCGCGGGACACCGGGCCAGCAGCCCCGGGGGACAGGUGUGGGACCUGGCGCAGGCGCUGCGCGACGGGGUCCUGCUGUGCCACCUGCUCAACGCCCUCCUGCCCCGCGCCGUGCCACCAAGGGACAUCUGUCCCCGGCCGCAGAUGUCACAGUUCCUGUGCCUGAGGAACAUCCGCACCUUCCUGACCGCCUGCGCCGACAAAUUCGGGCUCCCCAAGCACCGGCUCUUCGGCGCCUUCGACCUCUUCGAUGUCCAGGACUUCGGCAAGGUGAUUGAGACGCUCUCAACGCUCUCCUGGACCCCCAUCGCGCAGAGCAAAGGAUUCACGCCGUUCCCGUCCGAGGACAGCGUUGGGGACGAUGACAUUUACAGCGGCCUCUCCGACCUCAUCGAUGACACGGCCGAGGAGGACGAUGACCUCUACGACUGCGUGGAGGCCGAAGGCGACGACGGCGACGACAUCUACGAGGACCUGAUGAGGGUCGAGACCCCCCCGGCCACGAAGGGGGGCGUGGACCGGCGGCUCUGCUGCCUCCAGGAGCUGCGGCAGACGGAGGAGAGGUACACGGAGACCCUGGAGUCCAUCUGCCAGCACUUCCUGCGGCCGCUGCGGCACUUCCUGAGCCCCCGGGACAUGGAGAGCGUCUUCAUCAACGUGGAGGAGCUGCUGGAGCUCCAUCGCCGUUUCCUGGGGGAGCUGCGGGCGGCGCUGGGGGGGCCCGGGGGGGGGCGGGCGCUGCCCCCCCUGUUCCUGCAGUACAAGGAGAGUUUGGUCCCAGUUUGGUUCCAGUAUGGCCCAGUUUGGUCCCAGUUUGGCCCCAGUAUGGCCCAGUAUAGCCCAGUAUCGUCCCAGUAUGGCCCAGUUUGGUCCCAGUUUGGCCCCAACAUCAGCGAGCUGAACCUGCCCAAGACGUACAUCAGCGAGCUGAACCUGCCCAAGACGUACAUCAAUGAGCUGAACCUGCCCGAGACGUACAUCAGCGAGCUGAACCUGCCCAAGACGUACAUCAACGAGCUGAACCUGCCCAAGACGUACAUCAACGAGCUGAACCUGCCCAAGACGUACAUCAACGAGCUGAACCUGCCCAAGACGUGUGAGAUCGAUUUCCCCUCAGUGUCCCCUCAGUGUCCCUGUGUCCUGUCAGUGUCCCUGUGA